AGUUCUAAAAUGGCAGAAAAAUUUGAAAGUCUCAUGAACAUUCAUGGUUUUGAUCUGGGCUCUCGGUAUAUGGACUUAAAACCACUGGGCUGUGGUGGAAAUGGCUUAGUUUUUUCUGCUGUCGAUAAUGACUGUGACAAAAGAGUCGCUGUCAAGAAAAUUGUCCUUACAGAUCCCCAGAGUGUUAAACAUGCUCUACGUGAGAUCAAAAUUAUUAGAAGACUUGACCACGAUAACAUUGUCAAAGUAUUUGAAAUUCUUGGUCCUAGUGGAAGCCACUUAACAGAUGACGUGGGCUCCCUUACAGAAUUGAACUGUGUUUACAUUGUCCAGGAAUACAUGGAGACAGAUCUGGCUAAUCUGCUAGAGCAAGGCCCUUUACUGGAAGAUCAUGCCAGACUCUUCAUGUACCAGCUGCUACGUGGGCUCAAGUAUAUUCACUCUGCAAAUGUUCUGCAUAGAGAUCUCAAACCAGCUAAUCUUUUCAUUAAUACUGAAGACUUGGUGCUGAAGAUUGGUGACUUCGGUCUUGCACGAAUCAUGGAUCCUCAUUAUUCCCACAAGGGCCACCUUUCUGAAGGAUUGGUUACUAAAUGGUACAGAUCGCCCCGUCUUUUGCUUUCUCCAAACAACUACACUAAAGCCAUUGACAUGUGGGCUGCAGGUUGCAUCUUUGCUGAAAUGCUGACUGGGAAAACCCUCUUUGCAGGUGCGCAUGAACUUGAACAGAUGCAGUUGAUUCUAGAAUCAAUUCCUGUUGUACAUGAGGAGGACCGUCAGGAGCUUCUCAACGUAAUUCCAGUUUACAUUAGAAAUGAUAUGACUGAGCCACACAAACCUUUAACUCAGUUGCUUCCAGGCAUCAGUCCUGAAGCACUGGACUUCCUGGAGCAAAUUUUGACAUUUAGUCCUAUGGAUCGAUUGACAGCAGAAGAAGCUUUGUCCCAUCCUUAUAUGAGCAUUUAUUCCUUUCCAACGGAUGAGCCUAUUUCAAGUCAUCCUUUUCACAUUGAAGAUGAGGUUGAUGAUAUUCUGCUGAUGGAUGAAAGUCACAGCCAUAUUUAUAAUUGGGAAAGAUACCAUGAAAGUCAAUUUUCAGACCAUGACUGGCCUAUUCAUAAUAACUAUGAAGCAGAUGAAGUUCAGCGUGAUCCAAGGGCUCUUUCUGAUGUUACUGAUGAGGAAGAAGUGCAAGUAGAUCCUCGCAAAUAUUUGGAUGGAGAUCGUGAAAAGUAUCUGGAGGAUCCUGCCUUUGACACCCACUUCUCUACUGAGCCUUGCUGGCAGUAUUCAGAUCACCAUGAAAACAAAUAUUGUGAUCUGGAAUGUAGUCACACUUGUAAUUACAAAAUGAGGUCAUCUUCAUACCUAGAUAAUUUAGUUUGGCGAGACAGUGAAGUUAACCAUUACUAUGAGCCCAAGCUUAUUAUAGAUCUUUCAAACUGGAAGGAACAGAGCAAAGAAAAGUCUGAUAAGAAAGGAAAGUCUAAAUGUGAAAAGAAUGGGUUGGUGAAAGCUCAGAUAGCGCUUGAGGAAGCAUCACAGCAACUUGUUGAAAAAGAAAGGGAGAAGAAUCAAGGAUUUGACUUUGAUUCGUUUAUAGCAGAAACCAUUCAGCUUAGUUUACAACACGAGUCUACUGAUGUUGAUAAAUUAAAUGACUUGAAUAGCUCGGUGUCUCAAAUAGAGUUAAAAGGAUUAAUAUCAAAGUCAGUAAGCAGAGAGAAGCAGGAGAAAGGAAUGGCUAAUUUGGCACAGUUAGAAGCUCUGUACCAAACGUCUUGGGACAGCCAGUUUGUAAGUAGUGGGGAGGAGUGCUUCCUCAUAGACCAGUUCUGUUGUGAAGUAAGGAAAGAUGAGCAAGCUGAAAAAGAAAAUACUUACACCAGUUAUUUGGACAAAUUCUUUAGUAAGAAGGAAGAUGCUGAAAUGCUAGAACCUGAGCCAGUAGAAGAGGGGAAGCUUGGGGAGAAGGAAAGAGAAGAGAGCUUUCUCAGUAACAGUGGAGAACUCCUCUUCAACAAGCAGCUCGAGGCUAUAGGUAUUCCUCAGUUUCACAGCCCAGUUGGUUCACCACUGAAAUCAAUACAGGCCACGUUAACGCCUUCUGCUAUGAAAUCAUCUCCCCAGAUUCCCCACAAAACAUACAGCAGCAUUCUGAAACACCUAAACUAAAACACU